UGAGCUUCUAUCGCAAGGGGACGAAGAAACCACUGAUCCUUUUUUCUCCUUGCAUUUCACCUUUAGGGAAAAGAAAAAAGAAGUGUGGCAAAGGGGAAAAAAAGGAUAUGAAAAGAACAUGAAAGAAAGAAAUCGUCAUUAAACGCACUACGAAGUUCUCUCUUUCCCUCUCUUCCUCCAUCUCGCACCUCUCUCAAUUUAAUCUUAAAUCCACUCCAAUUUCCCCCGAGGGACUCAAUUCUCUCUCUUCCUCGAGAGACAGAAGGAGAGGGGGCCCAUUCCUCCUGGUAGAGCGACACCAGGAAUUUCCUCUCUCUCUUCCUCUACUCCCCCCCCGCAACCCUCCCCUCCGCCAUGACACUACUGGCCUCCGAGAGGUCGCUUCUCAUCCGGAACAAGUUCCGCUCAGUCCUGCAGCUGAGGAUUCAGAACCGAAGGCAGAGUGAAAUCAAUGCAGACCCAGGGUUGAAAUCGACUUGUCCCGCUCAAAAAGCAGACAAAGACCAGGGUGAAGCUCUGCGUCUAACUGAGGACGGCGCCGCUCAGAAGUUGCCCCCUAGUGGUGUGAACACUGAAACUGCACAAGAGAGGACUGUGUGUGGGGCCCACAGGCAGAAGAAGGCUCGCCAAGCGCAGGACCUCUCUGAGAGGAUCAAACGUCCGCCCGGGCCUGUGGAGCAACAGCACGAACACACGCUGUCCCUGGAGAACCGCUCUGCCUCUUUCCCUCUGUCCGCUGAUGUCUUCGAAGAUGACAUGUCCUCCUGCGCCUCCUCCUCACCCACUGAGCAACAUGGCAUUCACCAAUCACCUGCCUUUUCGUCACUGCCAGGGCUCUCAGGUGACCAACUACUGAGUGACUUCUCAGCUGUGGGCCCGUCCCUUAACCACAGCCCCGGUCACGCUCAGUCUGGUUUGGCGUUGCUCCCGGCAACCGAGGGCAUCAGACAACCUAUGACUGUAACACUGAGUGAAUCAAACUCCAUGGCAACAACUGGGAGACCAAAUGGGAUGUAUCUGACCUCUCAGGCCACACCUCUGCUGCCAAAGACAGCUCGGCCUCUCAGCCCCACCUGCUCUUCCUCCCUGGCGCCCUCCCUCAACUUCAACCAUCUCCCCCGCCCACGGAAACCGCGGGACACCAAACCCAAAAUGAGGAAACUCAAAUAUCACCAGUACAUUCCUCCAGAUCAGAGAGGAGGGUCUGGGACUGGAGGGGGAGCCAAACAGAAGAGUCCUUGUUCUACCCAGUCUUUAGACCCGGCUUACUCACAUCUCCUGAAGCAGCAGCAGGUCGUCCUCCAGCUGCAAAUCCUCCAGAACCAGCAGCAACAACAUCAGCAACAGCUACAACCACAGCAACAGCUCAUUGUUGAGUCCAGUGAAGAUCACAAUGAUCUUGCGAAGUCCUCUGGAGCCAUGCCCCUGAACCCUCAACCUGUUCCUGCCACAACAAACCACACCCCUACAGACACAAACCCCACGUCCAAGCCCGAGCUCCUCCCUGCAAAUCUCGUUGAUCUAACCGUGUCAGAGUUGCGGCAGCAGCUGCGUAAACGCGGCCUCCCCGUCUCCGGCACCAAGCCCGCUCUGUUGCAGCGUCUCCGGCCCUUCCAGCUCCCCCAAGCCUGCCUCACCCCUGCUCCCCUCUGCCAGCUGGGUACCAGCUUGGAGCCCCUCACCCCCUGCCCUCCGCUGCCACCUGGCCAGAGCCCCGGCUCAAGCUCCAGCUCUGGACAAGACUCCCCGAACAACAGCCCCGUCCAACAGAUGUACAUCGCGGACAGAGGAGUUCCUAAUGGGAUUCUCAGUGACGCUCAAACAGGAGUUCAAAACGGAAUUCUCAACAACGUGCCGAAUGGUUUCUCAAAUGCUGCGUCAGUCAGUUUGGCGGGCGAACAGUGUCUUUCCAACACCGUCUUUCUGGCUCCUGCCAGCACCGCCUCAGGAACUCCAAGUCCCAGUCUACCCAUGUCGUCCUCCUCACCCCUGCAGUGUGGGACUCCCUGGAGAACGGAGAGCGAGCAGCAGCAGCAACAGCAGCAGCAGGAGCUGAGCGUGGAGCUGGAGAUGAGGGAGAGGUUACGGAGCAGGCCCAGGGACCGCUCCACUAACGCCGGCAACGAGUCUUGUGGUGGACCCCUUCAUCCGUUCCUGCAACAGGAUCCUGGAUGCUCCAGAGGGAAGCCAGAGGCAGACGCACAGACAGAGGUGUUGUUUACACAGGUGUUUUGCUGCCAGCCGUGUGAUGUGAUUGGCCAGGAUUUUGAGCUGCCAGUGCAGAUUACAGCCAGUCCUGUUCAGACCUUGCCCGGCAUUCGCAGCUUGGAGGAGGAACUACAGGAGGCGAUUCAGAAAGCGCAGAUGGACCCUCGACAGUCCAUAGAUGACAUUCUGGAUGAGCCCAUGACCAGUGUGGGCUCUGUCGAUGAUCAUAAAUCUCCUGCACAGUCAGUCCCCGGCCCUUCGCCUCCUCCUCCACCUCCUCCUCAAGCUGAUCAUCCCUCCCAGCCGCACAAGGACGACAGCUUCCUGCCCUCACCUCUUUGCUCCUCUCUCUUGCUGGAGCUCCCUCCAUCUCCCGCUGUAAUAAACCCCAGCCAGGUGAUCCCAGCUCCUCCCCCGCCCCCCAUCUGUACCUCCCCUCUGCCGUGCACCGGGAAGUCCCGGAAACGCCGGGCUCCAACAUCGUUUGACGCCGCCGACUGGCUUGAAACGCUGACGUCUGGCCUCCGCCCCCUUACUCCGCCGACAGCUCCUUUUGUUGAGUCAGACUUCAGUCUGGAUUCAGAUCUGAAUGUCAGUCGGGUGUUGGAUCUCAUGAUAGAGCAGUGGUGAGGGCUUGUGUGCGUGUAAAUGUUCGUAUGUUCAGUAGGUGAGCGUCUCUGUUUUUGUCAUGAAUGGGGCAUCCCAUCGAGGGCACAAGAGUGUGAAUAGCGACUUCCAUCCAUCCAUCUGUCGACCCAUCACAGGAAAGGCUGUCAGAGUCACUGGCUCCACGCAAUGUCGAGAGCUGGAUUCAUCGCAGCGAAAAGAUUAAACAUGGCUUUGAUGGGGCAACGAGAGCACACGCACACACACAGACACUGCGAAGCGCUGUUUAAAAGCACUUUGGCUCGGCCAGAAAUGGCAAACAAGCGACACAUCUGUGGAUUGACACACUCCACAGCACAAUGUUUGCAGUGCAAAACAAAAGAAAACCUGGUGGCAUAUUAAUUUAAACAUGCUUCCUGGCUGCGCUGGGAGAAUGUUGUUUCUGACUUAUCUCCAAAACCCGCUGUCGGAUUGGGUUGAGUGUGGCCCCUGGUGUUGACUCAGUCAUUGAGUCCUAGCCAUUCAUAAAGCCCAUUUAGAGUGUGUAAAAAGCCAGACAGAGCACGCAGCUUGUGUGUGGCUCCAGACCUUAACCCCGGUGCCAGACACACAGUCGGCAUGCAGAGGGGGAAACCUGGCAGAAGCUGCAAACAAGCAGUGUGUGUGCAAGUGUGUGCGGAAAGCUUUUGUGUUAAGUAUGUGUGUGUUCAACAUGUCUGCGUGUGACCAAGCACACAAGGCCGGCUCUGUUUGUACAUGUCAACACCCUGCUGCUUCCAUGUAUGUUUAAUAGCGUUAAUGCCAAAUGCACUUGUUAUUUGUUUGCUUACAAUUAAGUGCGUGUGUGUGUGUGUGUGUGUGUGUGUGUGUGUGUGUGUGUGUGUGUGUUGUAUGACUGGACUGCGAGAGGAUACAUGUGAAAGACACAGAAAAAAAGCUGCGGAUUUCUGUGUCCACAUUUUAAGACCAGACAUUUCAUUGUAGGCUCAUUGCCAGCGGGCAGUAACUCCAGUGUCGUUAUCCAGUGUAAUCAUCAGAACAGCCACAUUACCUUGUUCAAGUCACCGUUCUCCAGGAGAGCAAUCAGGCAACCACCCCAAAAAUAGUCCCUAUACAAAUGCUCCAAUCAGACAAGUGAGAGUUUCCUCAUGGCUUUGCAAAAACAGGUGGUCAUUUUGUUCCCUGAUUAACCCCCAACAGUGUCUGGCCCGCUGCACGGUGCUUACCCUGCUACUAGCAAAGCCCGAUUUAGCAUAAUUUACAACCCAACCCUGAGGCCACACCUGUUCACUUAAAUGAAUUCCACACAUGUAUUGUUUGACAUUGUUAAGUCUUUGCUGAGCAUUUAAAAAAUACAAAAACGACCAUUUACAUUAAAGGUCCAGUGUGGAGGAUUUAGGGGGGUAAAUUGGCAGAAAUGCAAUACGAUAUAAUGUAUGUCUUCCUUAUUACCUUACUUUACCUUAGAAUGAGCUGUUUUUUUGAAGGGACUUUGAUGUCAAAGUCCCUUCACAAAACACAUAUUUUACAAACAUGAAUUCAGCGUGUUUACUGGUUUAAAUCACCGGGCAGCAUCACAGAAGCAAAAGAGGCGGGACUUGUAACCAACCGUGUUGGAUUUUAGUGUGACAUAACAUGCGCGUUGGCAGUUUUUUCUAAUAGAAAAUGACCCUAUAACAUAACAAUAAAAAUCAUUUGUGGUCUCUGUUAUAUGGCGGAUGAUCUUGUCUUCUGCUCGGAGGGUGGGCAGCUCCUGAAUGUCAUUGUUUUCCUAAUAUGGGGACAUUCGGCUGCUGUUCUCCUUCUUCGCUAACUGCCACUAGCUGCUUUAUAAAUCUCCCGCGAUAUGUUACACACAAUAACAGAUUGUCAAAAAGUAACGCCUGUCCUGCUUUGCCCCCCCCCCCCCCCCCCCC